AAAGCUUUUCUGUGACGUUAGUUAUAUAUUACCCCACAUGUCGAACCUAGAGCACGAAUGCCUGCAACGCGACCAUCGUCAGCUUUAGGGAACUACGCGAGAAUGCCAAACAUCAAAGUGUUCAGUGGCAGCUCUCAUACGGACCUUGCCCAAAAGAUUUGUGACCGACUUGGUAUAGAACCAGGAAAAGUAGUCACCAAAAAAUUCAGCAACGGAGAAUGCUGUGUGGAGAUUGGCGAGUCUGUGAGAGGGGAGGAUGUUUACAUCGUGCAGAGCGGCUGUGAUGAGGUCAAUGACAUGCUGAUGGAACUCCUCAUCAUGAUCAAUGCGUGUAAGAUCGCCUCAGCUUGUCGGGUCUCGGCUGUCAUCCCAUGCUUCCCCUACGCCAGACAGGACAAGAAGGAUAAGAGCCGAGCCCCGAUCUCAGCCAAACUAGUUGCCAAUAUGUUAUCAACAGCAGGCGCCGACCAUAUCAUCACAAUGGAUCUACAUGCUUCUCAGAUUCAGGGUUUUUUCGACAUUCCUGUGGACAACUUGUAUGCUGAACCAGCUGUUCUAAAAUGGAUCAAAGACAACAUCCAGGAAUGGAGAAAUAGCUGCAUUGUCUCCCCUGAUGCAGGUGGUGCCAAAAGGGUGACAUCCAUAGCUGACCGCCUCAAUGUGGACUUCGCUCUCAUCCAUAAGGAGCGUAAGAAGGCCAACGAGGUGGCGUCCAUGGUUCUGGUAGGUGACGUCAAGGAGCGCAUCGCCAUCUUAGUGGAUGACAUGGCCGACACAUGUGGAACCGUCUGUCACGCAGCAGAAAAACUGUUAGAAGCCGGUGCCACCAAAGUCUACGCAGUCUGUACACAUGGUAUAUUUUCUGGUCCUGCCAUAUCCCGAAUCAACAACUCCAUGUUUGAAGCUAUGGUCGUCACCAAUACCAUCCCUCAGGAGAAAAGAAUGAAGAAUGCUCCAAAGAUCCAGUGUAUUGAUAUUUCCAUAAUGCUGGCGGAGGCGAUACGACGCACCCACAACGGUGAGAGUGUUUCCUACCUCUUAACGAAUGUUCCACUCUGACGAUAGCAGCGUAGUAUUUCCCAAGGUUACUGUGUGUGGAUCGUUGUCCACAGGAAAACGAACUGGCGACAGGAGAGAAAAAACGUUACUGACAGAAAAUUGGGCAGGAAAUCCUCAGGAAACAUGAACCUGUUUGGACAUAAUCUACAAAUCUAUGUUUACUGGCAAUAAGCAGAAAGUGCUGUUGUUGUUGGCAGGUUGUAUAGUGUUUUAAUCCAGAAAUAAUUUAGAACGUGUAUAUAUGCAAGAGGAGCCGAUUUUGAUUUAAUUAUUGCCCUCGUCUAUUCAUUCUGUUAUAUAGUGAAUGUUGCCUGAGUAUGGGUUUUAUCAUCUGUAAAAUUUGGUAGACUUUUGUGAUUAGGACAGGUAAAAGUGACAAUUUGUCCUGUCUUUUACGCAAUUUCGUUUUCUCACGAUAAUCUGUAGACAUUGAAUUUAGGUUUUUGCCUGAAUUUGCAGAUACACCGUAAAGAAACACUAGUCUGACUUAAAAGUCUGUAAUCAUUUCAUAAGAAUUUGUAUAUAAACGUAUAAAAAUACGGGUUCCUUCCACUUAGUGAUAUUAGUACUGGCAUAUAUUGACAUCAAGGACGUUGACUGAUGUGAAAGUUCUUAUCUCAUGGUCAUGAAGCGACUUUUCCUGAAAGUAAAUUAACAUUUUUCUCGUCAAUUAUCUCCCCUUACUCUGGGUAAAAUGUCAACACCAGGGCUACAUUCAAAAGCAAACUACAGAACCCUUCACCAGAUCCUUCCAAAUUCUUAUUCCAGAAUGUUUUUGCGGUCCGACGUAAUAGUUUCCUCCGAGUCCGGACUUGUGUAGAUUUGUGUCCAUUGCGAUGUAGAUUUUCUUUUUACAUGUUUAUGAUGUAGAUUUGUCUAAUUACAUGUUUAUGUUGGAGAUUUAUCUAUUUUCCUCACCUGUGGUCAAUGUUGACUUCUGGUUUUUUCCUCUGAAGAACAUGUAUCAUACAAAAUCACAGCUUAUAAAGGGAGAUAAUCCCCAGUGUUCCCUAAAGUUUGAUUGUGUGUUUAGUGAAUAUAAAUAUUGUUUUGAUAAAUUUUUAAGAAUUCAAAGAAAGAAAGAUUAUUGUAUAAUAAAUUGUCAUGUUGGUUACAAUGAAUGGAAUAUCAUAAACCAAGUAGACUAAUUUUGAUGUUUGUGUACUAGAGACGCACUGAUGUAAAUAUUUGUCUGUUUAAGAAAUACAAGUGUUAUAUGUAUCAAGUUGUGAUGGGCAAUUGACAUAAAGUUAUCAUCAAUAAUCGGUUUGUAAUCAGAAGUAGUAAACUGAUUGAUUGAUUACAUGAUCGGUUUGUAAUCAUAAGUAGUAAACUGAUUAAUUGAUUACAUAAUCGGUUUGUAAUCAGAAGUAGUAAACUGAUUAAUUGAUUACAUAAUCGGUUUGUAAUCAAUAGUAGUAAACUGAUUAAUUGAUUACAUAAUCGGUUUGUUAUCAGAAGUAGUAAACUGAUUGAUUGAUUACAUAAUCGGUUUGUAAUCAGAAGUAGUAAACUGAUUGAUUGAUUGCAUAAUCGGUUUGUAAUCAGAAGUAGUAAACUGAUUGAUUGAUGUAAUCGGUUUGUAAUCAGAAGU